AUGAAGAUGCUCGUUGCUAUGCGUGUGCUAUUCGCGCUGUGCCUCUUGCUCACACCAGCAUGGGCGAUUUGGAACCCCAUCAUCUCGGGCUUUAACCCUGAUCCUGCAAUUCUUCGGGUAAGGGAUGAUUAUUAUAUUGCCACGUCGUCGUUCGAGUACUGGCCUGGGAUGCCGAUAUAUCACAGCAAGGAUCUGUCGAAUUGGACGCUUUUUUCGCACGCCUUGACGAGGCCGGAGCAGCUGCAACUCUACGGCGUCCCAACCGGAGCUGGCGCCUGGGCACCAAGCCUAGCCCACUUCCACAACAAAUUCUGGCUCUCGGGCAUGACGCGCUGGACCUACGACCCCGCGGCCCGCGUCUGGCCGCGGGUGUGGUUCAUCUCCUCCCCGGACCUCGUAACCUGGUCUGACCCCGUCUGGGCGGAGCCGUGGGGCAUCGACCCAGAGCUCUUCCAUGAUUCGUCGACGGGGAGGACGUAUUUGAACCUGAUGGCGCCGAAUAAUAAUCAAGAGAGGCUUUGGGGGAUUGCGCAGUGCGAGGUCGAGCUUUCGAGCGGAGCGGUAGGCGGCACUGAUGAGUUACAUCGUACCUCGAUUGCUCGGAGUAAGUCGCCCUCUGGACCGUUUGAGGCUUGUCCGCAUAAUCCCCUCAUGUAUAACGGACAAUGGGGGGCCAAGAACUUGACCGUGCAGUCGACGGGGCAUGCAACGUUUGUAGAGACUGCUGAUGGGGAGUGGUAUGCUUCCUUCAUUGCGAGGCGGAAUGUGAAUGGCAGCUCGCCACUCGGCCGUGAGACCUUUCUGGCGCAAGUGACAUGGGAAAACGACUGGCCCAGCAUCAACAACGGGAAGCCCAUUAUUCUCAGCGAAGAGAUCGGGCCCAAGACAGGAAUCAAAAAGACGCCAGCCCCCUGGGUAGACGACUUCUCCGGAAGGGAGCUUGAUCCCUCGUGGUACCAGCUCCGAACGCCGUACGUCAAGUCGUAUGAUGUUGAUAACGGGCAUUUAGUCUUCAAGCCUAACGUCUUUGGCUUGAGUGAUCGGGAUCAUCCCGCGGCGGUGCUGCGGAAACAGACGUCGUUGAACAUGACGUUUUCUGCGGAGCUGCUUGGGUUUGAGGGCGUGUUGGGGCAGAGGAUGAGAGUUGGGGUGUCGAGUUACUUGAGUGAGUUCCAGCACCAGGAUAUCGGUGUCAAGGGGUGCGAUGGUGGGAUUGGGGGUAUAUGUUUGUAUACCGAGGUUAGGAGGAAUGGCACUGUGGAUUACUGGCAACGACCCCUCAACUCAUCGUCUCUGCUCAAGAGCGGGCUGAGACUUGACAUCCGGGCUGAACCAUUGACAUACCACCUGGGCUAUAGCAUCGGCGAUGGCGAGCCGACGUACGUCGCAGAGAUUGAUUCGAGGUGGCAGGCUUUCGCGCCAACGGGAUUUUUCGUGUUCACUGGAGCAUCUUUUGCGUUGUUUGCGACUGGUGAAGGUGAGCCGUGGCCUUUUGACGGGCCGAAAGUUGGGUUCACGCGAGUCGAGGAGAGGUAUCACGAGGAAGACAUUGGAGACUAUGACCGUUGGUGA